AUGCUUCUACUAAGCAUCUUAACCCUGACUCUCGCCGCGGGAACUGCGGGCGGCUCAGAGUCAGAGCGGGAGGUGGUGGUGCCCAUUCGACUGGACCCGGACAUCAACGGCCGCCACUACUACCGGCGCGGUCCAGAGGACCCCGGGGAUCAAGGGCUCAUUUUUCAGAUCUCAGCGUUUCAGGAGGACUUCUAUCUACACUUGACACCGGAUGCUCAGUUCCUGGCGCCCGCCUUCUUCACUGAACAUCUGGGCGUCCCUCUUCAGGGGCUCACCCGGAGCGCUCCAGUCUUGAGACGUUGCUUUUACUCUGGGGACGUGAAUGCCGGUCCGGAUUCGUUUGCUGCUGUGAGCCUGUGCGGCGGGCUACGCGGAGCCUUCGGCUACAGAGGCGCCGAGUAUGUCAUUAGUCCACUGACCAACGCCAGUGCGCCCGCGGCGCACCGCAACAGCCAGGGCGCACAUCUCCUCCAGCGGCGGGUCGCCCCCGGCGGGCCUCUAGGAGAUCCUACCUCUCGUUGCGGGGUGGCCUCAGGCUGGAACCCGGCCAUCCUGCGGGCCCUGGACUCUUACAAGCCUCGGCGGACGGGUUUAGGGGAGAGUCGCAGCCGCCGCAGGUCUGGGCGCGCCAAGCGCUUCGUGUCUAUCCCUCGGUACGUGGAGACACUGGUGGUAGCAGAUGAGUCAAUGGUCAAGUUCCACGGUGCAGACUUGGAGCAUUAUCUGCUGACGUUGCUGGCCACGGCGGCUCAACUCUACCGCCAUCCUAGCAUCCUCAAUCCCAUUAGCAUCGUCGUGGUCAAGGUGCUACUUCUUGGAGACCGCGACGCGGGGCCCAAGGUCACCGGCAAUGCGGCCUUGACGCUUCGCAACUUCUGCGCCUGGCAGAAGAAGCUGAACAAAGUGAGUGACAAGCACCCUGAGUACUGGGACACCGCCAUCCUCUUCACCAGGCAGGACCUGUGUGGAGCCACCACCUGUGACACUCUGGGCAUGGCUGACGUGGGUACCAUGUGCGACCCCAAGAGAAGUUGUUCAGUGAUCGAGGAUGAUGGGCUCCCAUCAGCCUUCACCACUGCUCAUGAGCUGGGCCAUGUGUUCAACAUGCCCCACGACAAUGUGAAAGUUUGUGAGGAAGUGUUUGGGAAACUCCAAGCCAACCACAUGAUGUCCCCAACGCUCAUCCAGAUUGACCGUGCCAAUCCCUGGUCAGCCUGCAGUGCUGCCAUCAUCACCGACUUCCUGGACAGCGGGCAUGGCGACUGCCUUCUAGACCAACCCAGCAAGCCCAUCGCCCUACCCGAGGACCUGCCGGGUACCAGCUACACCCUGAGCCAGCAGUGUGAGCUGGCCUUUGGUGUGGGCUCUAAGCCCUGUCCCUACAUGCAGUAUUGCACCAAACUGUGGUGUACUGGAAAGGCAAAGGGGCAGAUGGUGUGCCAGACCCGCCACUUUCCCUGGGCAGAUGGCACCAGCUGUAGUGAAGGCAAGUUCUGCCUCAAGGGGACUUGUGUGGAGAGGCACAAUCUCAAUAAAUACAGAGUGGAUGGCUCCUGGGCCAAAUGGGAGCCCUACGGCCCCUGCUCUCGCACCUGUGGUGGGGGAGUGCAGCUGGCCCGGAGGCAGUGCAGCAACCCCACCCCUGCCAAUGGGGGCAGGUACUGCGAGGGAGUGAGGGUGAAAUACCGAUCUUGCAGCCUCGAACCCUGCCCCAGCACAGCCUCUGGCAAGAGCUUCCGUGAGGAGCAGUGUGAAGCUUUCAAUGGCUACAACCACAGCACCAACCGGCUCACCCUCGCUGUGGUGUGGGUGCCCAAGUACUCAGGCGUGUCUCCUCAGGACAAGUGCAAGCUCAUCUGCCGAGCCAAUGGCACUGGCUACUUCUACGUGCUGGCACCCAAGGUGGUGGAUGGAACGUUGUGUACCCCUGAUUCAACCUCGGUCUGUGUCCAGGGCAAAUGCAUCAAGGCUGGCUGUGAUGGGAAUCUGGGCUCAAAGAAGAAGUUUGACAAAUGUGGGGUGUGUGGGGGAGACAACAAGAGCUGUAAGAAGGUGACGGGACUCUUCACCAAGCCCAUGCACGGCUACAAUUUCGUGGUGGCCAUCCCUGCAGGUGCCUCAAGCAUUGAUAUCCGCCAGCGUGGCUACAAAGGGCUGAUUGGAGAUGACAACUACCUUGCCCUAAAGAACAGCCAAGGCAAGUACCUGCUCAAUGGGCACUUUGUGGUGUCACCUAUGGAGCGGGACCUGGUGGUGAAGGGCAGCCUGCUGCGCUACAGUGGCACAGGGACAGCGGUGGAGAGCCUGCAGGCCUCCCGGCCCAUCCUGGAGCCCCUGACUGUGGAGGUCCUCUCUGUGGGGAAGAUGACACCACCACGGGUCCGCUACUCAUUCUAUCUGCCCAAAGAGCCCCGGGAGGACAAGUCCUCCCACCCCAAGGAUCCCCGGGCCCCCUCCGUGCUCCACAACAGCGUCCUCAGCCUCUCCAAUCAAGUGGAGCAGCCGGAUGACAGGCCCCUUGCACGCUGGGUGGCAGGCAGCUGGGGGCCUUGCUCCAUGAGCUGUGGCAGUGGCCUGCAGAAGCGGGCAGUGGUCUGUCAUGGCUCCCUGGGGCAGCGCACAGCAUCUGCCUGCGAUGCGACUCAUCGGCCAGUGGAGAUGCGAGCCUGUGGGGACCCCUGCCCAACCUGGGAGCUCGGCGCCUGGUCACCCUGCUCCAAAAGCUGUGGCCGAGGAUUUAAGAGACGUUCACUCAAGUGUUUGGGUCAUGGAGGACGGUUGCUGGCCCGGGACCAGUGCAACCUGCGCCGGAAGCCCCAAGAACUAGACUUCUGCAUCUUGAGGCCAUGCUGAAUAGGACUAUACCUUUCUCUUCCUCACUGUCCACCCCAUUGGUGCUGUCGGUGUUCUGGCCAGCUGGAGCUGUGGGCAGAGGGCAGCAUCCAGGGGCCCAUGCCACAAUGUCACCACAUCCAGGGAAAAGGAUCAUGGGUGGGGGUGAGUGGUUCCCUCCUCCUCCCUGGCCUGGGAGGGGAGCUGAGUAACUAAUGCACAGUCUACCUCACGCCCGGCUCCUCUGGAGCCCAGUCUCGGGGAGAGGCUGAGAGGUGCGGGUGCUGGGCAAGUGGGUGCUGGGGCUGGGGCCCAGUUUCCAAAGGACCUGGAGGACGGGCACCUCCCAGGCAGAACUUCAGGGACCUUGGCCCCCGUAAGGGAGGCUACAGGCUGCUGGAAGAGCCAUGGCCCAGCAGCUUGGCACCCUCAGGUGGCUGCAGGGGGCUCUGAGCCAUCUCUGAACAAGGUGCUUUUAGCCCGCUUUCCUUUUCUAACUGACAUGGACUGAACAAUAAAAAUGAGUGGCUGGUGAGCAGGAGCUGAGGGGAGAGUGGGGGUGAUAUACCUGCAGCCUGGGCCACUCUGUUUGAAAAUACA